UCCCCCUCCAGCCCGACCCACUGCUCCCCCUUCAGCCCGACCCACUGCUCCUCCGCACAGUCUGCAGCCGACUUUCCCGAGGUGCCUGCGUAGUUAUCCGGCACUACCCCCCACACCAUCGAUGCAACUCUAAACUCCUUUAAAUUUAGUAGGUUUUGUUUUAAAUUUGGUUUUAUAUUUAUAUUGCAACAUGUUCGCCGUGUGCGUUUUGAUUUUGGUGCUCAAUGCGCUGUUUUGCGUGGAGUGCAACCCAAGUCCCGUCGGAGAUGUAGUCGUGGAGAGGUAUUCAACGCCUGCGGCGUGUCCCAGAGAGGUGAAGAAUGGAGAUCAUGUUCGGUAUCACUACAACGUGACUCUGCUCGACGGGAAAACAUUCGACUCAAGCCAUCAAAAAGGAGUACCCAAGGUUGGACUGAUCGGGGAAGGCCGUCUGAUCGCAGGCAUCGAGAAGGGGAUCGUGGGCAUGUGCAUCAACGAGCGCAGGAAAGUCACCGUCCCUUCACACCUGGCCUAUGGCGCUGCCGGUGCAGGUGAUGUGGUACCUCCAGAUGCCACCCUGGUGUUUGACCUUCAUCUGUUGGACCUGUGGAACAACGCUGACAUGGUGGUCACCAAAACCAUCUCCACCCCCAAAGACUGCCGCCGCUCCAUCAUGCGCACCGACUUUGCUCGCUACCACUUCAACGGCACGCUGCUCGACGGCACGCUCUUCGACUCCAGCUACGCCCGCGAGCAGACCCACGACUCCCUGGUGGGCGAGGGCUGGCUGAUCAAGGGCCUGGACGAGGGUCUGCUGGGCAUGUGUGUGGGAGAGAUCCGCACCGUGGUUAUCCCUCCCUUCAAAGGCUACGGAGAGAAGGGACUGGGCCAGGAGGUGCCGUCCCAGGCCACCCUGAUCUACAGCAUCCUGCUGGUGGACAUCCACAACGCCAAGGACAACAUCACGGUGGAGAACCAGGUGGUUCCUGAGUCCUGCACGCGCAAGUCGGUGGUCGGAGACUACAUGCGCUACCACUACAACGGAACCUUCCUGAACGGGGUCACCUUCGACACCAGCUACCAGAGGAACACCACCUACAACACCUACAUCGGCAUGGGCUACGUCAUCACCGGUAUGGACCAGGGGCUCCUCGACGUGUGUGUGGGCGAGACCAGGAGGGUCAUCAUCCCGCCACACCUCGCCUACGGCGAACAAGGAGCCGGCAAGGACAUCCCUGGCUCUGCCGUGCUGGUCUUUGACGUGGACAUCAUCGACUUCCACAACCCCAAGGACAACAUCACCGUGGAGAUCAUCUCCAAGCCAGAGAUCUGCAACGAGACCAGCGACGCCAACGACCUCAUCCACUACCACUACAACUGCUCCCUCAUGGACGGCACCCUGCUGUUCGCCUCAGGGAACUACGAGAACCACCAGGAGGCGCUGCUGGGAGCCGACAAGGUGAUCGACGGCCUGGACCAGGGCCUGAGGGGCAUGUGUGUCGGGGAGAAGAGGGUGGUCACCGUACCCCCCCACCUGGGACAUGGAGAGAAAGGAGCCACCGGAGUGCCGGGCAGCGCGGUGUUGGUGUUUGAGCUGGAGCUGAUAGACCUGGCGAAGGGUGUCCCCCCCGGAUACCUGUUCGUCUGGCUGGGAGAAAGCCCCCAGGAGCUGUUUGACUCCCUGGACAUGAACAAGAACAAGGAGGUGCCUGAGGAGGAGUUCGGAGAGUUCAUCAAGCUGCAGGUGGCAGAGGGCAAAGGUCGCAUGAAGCCCGGCAUGGACCCAGAGGAGAUCAUCGCCGACAUGUUCAAGAACCAGGACAGGAACCACGACGGGCUGAUCACCCCCGACGAGCUGAAGCUGAAGGUGGAGGAGGACCAGGAGCGAGAGGCCGCCCAACACACCGAGCUGUGAUGCGUGGAAACAGACAACAAACAUACCAACAAGUGUAACAAGAAGACCGGAAAGAACAAACAGAAGAAAGGUCGGAAAGAACAAUCAAACAGAAGAUGUAUCAGAAAGAACAAUCAAACAGAAGAUAUAUCAGAAAGAACAAGCAAACAGAAGAUAUAUCAGAAAGAACAAGCAUACAGAAGUAAGAUCGCAAAGAACAAGCAAACAGAAGAAAGAUCGGAAAGAACAAGCAAACAGAAGUAAGAUCGCAAAGAACAAGCAAAAGGAAGAAAGAUCGCAAAGAAAAAGCAAACAAAAGAAAUAUCAGAAAGAACAAACGGACGGACAAUGAAAUGUGCGCAUCCUCUCUCAGGGACAAAGCCAAACACCUUUGAAACAUUUUAUGACUGACUUUAACUUCAAGGUUCUUUUUUUCCAUUUAGCAUCAUUAAAGCAACACAUUUGAAAGUUUUGUUUGUAAUAACGAGAGAAAAUAUUGAAAGUAAUUAUUUUGGAAACUUUUUUUUAUUUCUGUGUUGUGUGAUUGGUUGUGUUUGAAACAGAGUUUUAAGUAAGUGCAUUGACUUAAAUUAAUCUACCGAACAAGCCCCUAUUGUUAUCGUCCGUGACGUUUGUAAUGUUAAAAUGUUUUUAAGAAAAA